CCCGUUUGUGGAUACCCGCCCAGGUCAUUCAUCCAAAGCGGUUUUUGCAAUAAGGGCCAGAAGAACGUCACGAAGAGGUCAAGGCAAUUCGCCAGUUCUCCAAAGUCACAAUGCGAUUCUUGAGCGUCGUCGCCCCCAUUGCUCUGCUUCUUCCCAUCGUCGCAGCUGAUUUCCAUGCUGGCUCAGCCCACUGUAUUCAGAAUUGGCCAUCAACGGAAGAUGACGAAUUUGGGGUGAUCCUCCCCUCAGGCAAAGACGACUGCGCUACUGCGACGGGUCAAUACUCCAAUGAGGGCUUUCAAUAUGGGCCUGAAAUGACCGCGAAGCUUUGCGGUCCUACAGUUACCAUUCUCAACACACAAACAUGGACGAGUUCAGACGGGGGAAGCGGAAAUUGCUAUCAGAUCAAUGGAGGAUCUGGAAAGAGCAGUCCGUGCUCGAAUGGGGCCUUCGGAGAGUGUACAUGGACCGAUCAUAUCUGGUGCGAGUCCUACUUGUGCAGGUAGAAGGGGCAAGUAGCCCCAUGGGUCUGGUGACGCUGCAGUCAUACCCGUUCGCAGUAGAUGAUUUCAAAGAUCGGACCCAUGUAGAAAUUGCAAAGAAGCCUUAU